AUUUUUAUUUUAGAAGCUAAUUUGGGGGUAUUACAUCUGCAGGGAGAUAUUUGUAUUCUCUUCCUCCCCAUAGCAAGUUUGAGACAGGCAAUUUUCCUUGUGUUCUCUGGGUGGAUGGGGCUGGGGGUAAAGUGGAUUAAUUCUAGAUCAUCCUUAAUGAACUUGAUGAAAAUACAGGUUUUCCAGUUAAGACCCUCCACUCUAGGCUUUUUCUUCUUCCUGUAACCCUGCUCUCCCCAAAUCUCUUUAUUUUACUUGGUUAAGCAAGUACUCUCAAGCUGAACCAGGCUUCAGUGUUUAUCUACCUUGCUAGCUUCUCAUUUUCUCUUCCUUUUUGGACUCUAGUAUACAUGUUUAACUUAGCAGCUCAAUGCAUUUUUUAAAAUGCUUCUAAUACUUAACAUAUAUAAUAAUAGUUUUCUGCGGGAAAGUUGUCCUGAGGCAUUCUAGGAAAGAAUCUAUGGUCUAUAGUGGCUGUGUCAUGCAUGUGGUUCUCUGUGCCUUGCUUGCAAUUCUUAGCCCUAUAUUCACGGGAGGAAAUCAGUAGAAUUUUCUCAUUUAAUGGCAGCUUAGGUUUCUAAAGUAGAGAGUGUAUAGUCUACCCUGGAUAAAUGCUCUAUCAGUACAAGCUAGUAUUAUGUUUUGAACUGAAAACAAGGCACAAACUUGUAUGCCUUGCUCAUCCAAGUCCUCCAAGUCACAAACAUUGGCAAAAGCACAGUAAUUGUAAGGCAUGGGAUUUAAAGGAAGAAAUUAGCUUUUUUAGUUUAUUUCGAUACUUAGACAAAAAAAAAAAUAAACAUUGAACAACUGUCAAGCAUACUUGGUUUGUUUUAAAAUCAUUCUUUUUCAUAGAGAUUAUUUUUUUCUUGCGAUCUCUGUAUUUUAAUAAAAUAAUAAAGCCCCACAUAUUUAAGUUUGAACAUUUUGCCAAAAGAGGGCACUAUUCACCCACUGUAGAAUGUAAAGGGACUGAAAAAUUACUGGAAAGAAGGCAAAUUUAUUUUCCUUCAUAAGAUUGAUAAAGUUUGACAAAACUAGAUCUGCAAUCAUUAGAUUUGUCUCCCAGUCUGGUUAUCUGGGAUUGUUGCCUACAUUGGACCAUCCCAAGUUUUAAUUUUUCUAUUACUUUUACAUUUUUUAAAGUGCUAGUUUAGGGAUAAGAUUUGUUUGGAAAUUUUAGUCUUUAAGGUUAAAACCAAAAACCUUUUCUGAACACCUGCCUAGAGUGACCAAAAAACUCGUGUUUAAGGCCUGUUUGUUGGAGUCUGUCUUUGCCAGUGUCCUCAGGGCUGCUCACCUCAGUGACCCGUGGCCCGUUAAACCUGGUGAAAAAUGCGUCUACAGCCAGCGGUGCGGCCACUGAGCCCAGCGGUGGCUCGGCCUCGUUCUACUUUACACAUAUGUUUGUCUAUCAGUUUGUCUCCUCUGCAUGUUGGUGUAGGAGUUCAUGGUGUAGACAUAACAGCUUUAAAUAUUAAAGGAAGAAAUCGGAAGUAGCUGGUUUGAAUCUCAUGAGUGAAAUGCUUUGGGCUUCAGGUGUAGAAUAUACAGGAAGAAAUGAAACCAUUUUGUGAAAGCAUACUUUGGAGCAGGGAAGGAAAAUGUGAGCCUAGAUCAACCAAUUAGAACUCUGUCUGCCCUUUAGGAUUUGGUAAUACUGCCAGAUAAAAAGAAAGGCUGUUCUGCAUUGAUUCAAUAAAUAAUCAACUUGCGCUUCAAAAGGACAGAUAGGGGGAGAAAAAAGCACAACUAGGGGCUAAGAGGCUGGCGCUUACAUAGCAUGUGCAGGGGAAGCAACUUUGGAAAAGUUUCUAUUUGCAUCAUGCUGCCCAAAUAGAGUAGGUUUGUUUCCUAAAGCGGCUUUGGCUCGGACAAGCUUCUCCUCGUCCCUGGGGGUCCAGCGCCCCCUAGAGGCGGCGGGCGCCCUCCGCCCUGUAAUGUGAUCUCCCUGCUCCGGGAUUGGUCAGAGGCUGAGUUUUCCCUGGGAGCGGCGCUUAGCUGGGCCUCCCAAGCCCGGCUCCGCUCCGCACGGCAGGCCUGCCUCUGCACCGCAGGUCCCGCACCGCAGCCACCGCCGCCACCAACACCGCUGCUGCUGCUGCUGCUCCUGCUUCUUCGCUUCCAGCAGCGGGUGGAGCGAUGGAGUCCAGACUCCUCUGCUGGACCAUUUGCUUUCUCCUGGUCGUGUGGUGCCUGCCAGUGCUACCCUGCCCUAGCCGGUGCCUUUGCUUGAAGAGCACCGUCCGCUGUAUGCACUUGAUGCUGGAUCACAUUCCUCAGGUGCCGCAGCAGACCACAGUCCUAGACUUGAGGUUUAACAGAAUACGAGAAAUUCCUGGGAGUGCCUUCAAGAAACUCAAGAAUUUGAACACUCUUCUCCUGAACAACAACCAAAUCAGACAGAUUUCCAGACAUGCUUUUGAAGGACUUGAAAAUUUGCUUUAUCUGUAUCUGUACAAGAAUGAAAUUCAUGCCCUAGAUAAGCAAACAUUUAAAGGACUCAUAUCCUUGGAACAGCUGUAUAUACAUUUCAACCAAAUAGAAACGCUACAGCCAGAGACAUUUGGAGACCUUCUGAAAUUAGAGCGACUGUUUUUGCAUAACAACAAAUUAUCUAAAAUCCCGGCUGGGAGCUUUUCUCAUCUGGAUUCAUUAAAGAGACUGCGUCUGGAUUCCAAUGCUCUAGUUUGUGACUGUGAUUUAAUGUGGCUGGGGGAACUUAUGCAAGGCUAUGCCCGAAAUGGCCAAACUCAGGCUGCUGCUACAUGUGAAUAUCCCAGAAGGCUCCAGGGACGCUCCAUCGCUUCGUUACCAGUAGAGGAAUUCAACUGUGAGAGUCCUCGAAUUACUUUUGAGCCCCAAGAUGUGGAAGUAACAUCAGGGAAUACUGUCUACUUUACUUGCCGGGCUGAAGGAAACCCCAAACCAAAGAUUAUUUGGAUACAUAACAACCACUCAUUGGAUUUGGAAGAUGAUACUCGACUUAACUUGUUUGAUGAUGGGACACUCAUGAUACGAAACACUCGUGAGUCAGACCAAGGUGAAUAUCAGUGUAUGGCCAGAAACUCAGCUGGGGAGGUCAAGACACAGAAUGCCAUGCUCAGAUACUCCAGUCCUCCAGCCAAGCCUAGUUUUAUAAUCCAGCCCCAGGACACAGAGGUUUUAAUUGGCACCAGCACAACUUUGGAAUGUAUGGCCACAGGCCACCCACACCCCCAUGUUACUUGGACUAGGGGCAGUGGAGAGGCCCUGGAUGGAUCCAGGCACCUGGCUACUUCUGGAGGACUAUACUUGCAGAAUGUCACCCUGCAGGAUCAUGGUCAAUUUACCUGUCAUGCCGACAAUAAUGAAGGCUCUGUUCAAGCUACAGCAAACAUAAUUGUACAAGCUCCUCCGCAAUUCACAAUAAUCCCCCGGGAUCAAGUGGUGCUAGAAGGACAUACUGUAGAAUUUCUCUGUGAAGCUGAAGGGAACCCACCUCCAGUAAUUGCCUGGACCAAAGCAGGAGGGCAACUCCCUCAGGAAGGUCUGCAUACAGUUCUCUCCUCUGGAACUUUGAGAAUUGACCAUGCGGCACAUCAUGACCAAGGCCAAUAUGAAUGUCAGGCAGUAAGUCCAUUGGGAGUGAAAAAAGCGUCUGUCCAGCUGACUGUAAAACCCAAAGCUCUCCCAGUGUUUACUCAACUACCUCAGGAUACAAGUGUAGAGGUUGGCAAGAAUAUAAACAUUUCAUGUCAUGCUCAAGGAGAACCACAGCCCAUAAUUACCUGGAAUAAGGCAGGUGUUCAGAUUACCAAAAGUGGUAAAUUCCAUGUCAGUGGUGAAGGCAUGCUAACCAUCUAUGAUUCAGGGCAAGCUGACCAAGGAAGGUAUGAAUGUGUGGCUCAGAAUUCAUUUGGCCUUGUUGUGGCCAACAUGUUUCUCACAGUUGUAGCCAUACAGGGUAGACAAGCUGGCGAUGACUUUGUUGAAUCAUCCAUUCUUGGUGCUGUACAGAGGGUUGACAGUGCAAUUAACUCCACACGAAGACAUUUGUUUUCACAGAAACCUCGCACCCCUAGUGAUCUGCUGGCUCAGUUUCAUUAUCCGUAUGACCCGUUUACUGUAGAGACAGCAAGAGCUGGAGAGAUUUUUGAGCACACAUUUCUGCUGAUCCAGGAACACGUGAAGCAGGGGCUCACUGUUGAUUUGGAGGGCAGAGAGUUCCGCUACAAUGACUUGGUGUCCCCGCACUACCUCAGCCUCAUAGCCAAUAUAUCUGGAUGUACAGCCCACAGGCAGGUGCCCAACUGCUCUGACAUGUGUUUCCAUCAGAAGUACCGAGCCCAGGACGGAACGUGCAACAACCUGCAGCACCCCAUGUGGGGUGCAUCCCUGACCGCCUUUGAGCGCAUCCUGAAGCCUGCCUACGAGAACGGCUUCAACCUGCCGCGUGGGGUCAGCCGUCAGGCCCUGUCAGGCCGGUAUCCCCUCCCACCACCCAGGCUGGUCUCCACAGAGCUGGCAGCCACGGCCACAGUCACCCCUGACCAUAGAUACACACACAUGCUCAUGCAGUGGGGCCAAUUUUUAGACCACGAUCUGGACCACACAGUGCCUGCAUUGAGCACGUCUCGCUUCUCUGAUGGGCGGCCGUGUAGCUCGGUGUGUACCAAUGAUCCUCCUUGCUUCCCCAUCAUCAUUCCUGACACUGACCCCCGAGGGACCCGAGCACCGUGCAUGUUCUUUGCACGCUCCAGCCCCGUGUGUGGCAGUGGCAUGACCUCCUUGGUGAUGAAUUCAGUCUACGCGAGAGAACAGAUUAACCAACUCACAGCCUAUAUAGAUGCCUCUAAUGUCUAUGGGAGCUCGGAGAGGGAAUCCCAAGUUCUCCGAGACUACUCAGAGCCUCGGGGACUGCUGAGGACAGGCUUGCCGUGGGUGCCAUCCGGAAAGCCCUUACUGCCCUUUUCUGCGGGCCCACCCACUGAGUGCACAGGGUGGGAGCAGGGUAGCCGCAGCCCCUGUUUCCUGGCUGGGGACCACAGGGCCAAUGAACAGCUGGCCCUCACAGCCAUGCACACCUUGUGGUUUCGGGAACACAACAGGGUCGCCAUGGAGCUGUCUGCCCUGAACCCCCACUGGGAUGGAGACACCCUUUAUCAUGAAGCCAGGAAGAUUGUGGGUGCUCAGCUGCAGCACAUCACCUACAGCCACUGGCUGCCCAAGAUUCUGGGGGAAUCUGGCAUGAAGAUGCUGCGGGAUUACCAGGGCUACAACCCCAAUGUGAAUGCAGGGAUCCUUAACUCUUUUGCUACUGCAGCCUUCAGAUUUGGUCACACGUUAAUCAAUCCUAUUCUUUACCGACUGAAUGACACCUUUGGAGAAAUCCCUGAAGGCCACCUUCCACUCCAUAAAGCUUUCUUUUCACCCUCCAGAAUAAUCGAGGAAGGUGGGAUAGAUCCACUCCUUCGGGGGCUAUUUGGUGUGGCCGCUAAAUUGCGGAUGCCCUCCCAACUGCUCAGUUUAGAGCUGACUGAGAAGCUGUUCUCCACCGCCCACUCUGUGGCCCUGGAUUUGGCUGCCACCAACAUUCAAAGGGGGCGAGACCACGGGAUCCCUCCCUAUGCUGACUUCAGAGUUUUCUGCAAUCUGACUUCUGUUGAAAAUUUUGAGGAUCUUCAAAACGAGAUUAAAGAUUCAGAGAUUCGACAAAAACUGAAAAAGUAUGGGAUGUUUCCAGGAAACAACUAUAACUGCUCUUCAUGCUCACCACCCUUCAUCCUCCAAAAUAGUUAAAAAUAAUUAAAGAAAUGUUUUAUUAAGAAGUUUUGUCUAUAGUUGGCUAAAUAUUGAAGACUAACAUGUUUACUAAUAGCUUAUGGUAUAUUAAUGUGCAAUCUUUCAGAGAAGCUUAAAAUUGCAAAUUAUGGAGCUAAUUGUCAACAUGAGGCCUUUAUUUUGUAAUACUAAGGGUAUGAAUGUUUUUAUGCCACUAGAAUUUGCUUCAUACUUAUGUAGAAUAUUAGACUAAGUAAAUGUAUAAUAUAUGUAGAACAAAUCAGAGUAUCAUGCAGAUUGAAUUUGCAAGAACAUUGACUUUGGCUUCAUAGAGACCUGGUUUAAAUCUCCAUUCCACCACCUAUUAGUACUGAGAGCUUGUGAAAAGUAUUUAAACAGUUUUAAAUCUCAGAAUAUCUAUAAAAUGAAAAAAACACUGCCUCCUUCACAGAGAUGUUCAAAGGUGAAAUUAUAUAGAAUGUAUCAAAUACCUAGUUCCAUUCUGGUGCAUCAUAGGUAAUCAGUAAGUGUUAUCUGUGGAUAGAUUUAUUAUAACAUUAUCGUUUCAGUUGUCAGCAUCAUUAUUAGAUUGCACGUAUGCUCUGAAUCAGCCUUGUGCUAGGCACUGAGACCCGAGAUGAAGGAAAUAGCAUUCUGGAGAUCCAGACAGCAUGCUGGGAUGGCAGGGGGCUGGCAGUAAUCUGUGCGGAAUGGGCUGUUACAGAGAUGGGAAUUGAAUGUUAUGGGAACACAGAGCUGAGAAAUGGGAGGUACGUGUAAGAGUCACAGCAAACUACUGCUAAAAGAUGCCGUUUGAUCUGCUCUUGGAAUUUUCUGAGUGUGAUAGUUGAAUGAAGUGGGAACAGCAGGCAGUAUCCCAAGGAGAGGGAAGGAAGCAGGAAGGUGUGGGGCUGCAUGGCAUGAGGGGGUAGAAAUGUGACAAGGGGAAGCUUUUAAAGGGCCCUGCAUGCCAUGCAAGGGAGUUUGAUCUUCAUCCUGUGUUUAAAGCAGGAGAGUGACUCUAGGAGAGACUUCCCUGUGAAAUGCUAACCUGCACAAGAUGUCCUGGGAAAAGGAGAAGCUAGCAGCAAGGAAUUCCAUGGUUUCAGGAAUACUCCAGGUGAAGCAAGACAGUGUAGAUAGGCUUUUAGCAGUCUGUGCAACACUAUCAUUAUUUUAAAUGUUUCCUGUAAGCACAUUGUCUACAUUGAAUAAACCUGGAGGCAAGUCUUGCUUUGCAGUUCGUUGGGGUCCCACUUCUCAAUUUGCAGCUAAUUUGUAAAUUCCCACCAAUUACAGAGUAGCAGAAAUGUGUUCUUUUAAAAUGUUCCCAUCACAAAAACUCCUCCUGAGUCCUCUGGCUCUCAUGUGCGAUGCAGCAGGCUGCUUGUCAUCGCCACACACAGCAUUAGGCUGGAACAUGGAUGCGGACUGUCCGCUGCAGGACACGUCCUCCCAGUGGCCAGUGCGAGGCGUGACUGGCCUCUGGGAUGGAUAGUGGCCCAUACACUGCACAUUGCGUGUUCACAUGCCUGGCUUUCUGUGUGCUCCUUUCAGGCAUUUGGAAUGUUAACACUGUGUCUUCUGAAACCGCAACAAGGAGUCUUUAUCCUUGCUUUGGGGAAUUUUUGAACUGCGGGAACUUUGUGCAGCCUGGUGCGUGGCCUCUGCAUGAGGACAGCAGGACUGACCAGCAUGAGUGGGUGUGGGGAGGCCAGGAAGCCGAGCUACCCUACUUUCCUGUUAGGCUGCCAGGUGAUUCAUUCAACCGUGAGCACAAAAUAGAUAAGUUGGAGUUGUGUUUACAGUCUCCAUCUUCAUAUCUGUAGACUGCAGUUUGUCAGGAGCUGAUUUCACCAAGGAGGGUGGCAUGGCUUUAAAUAUGACGAUUUAUACAGUUAUUUCUUUACCCUCUCCUGUUACUUGUUACUUCUUCUCCUUUCUGUGUUAUUUUGCAAGUGUGGUUUUAAGUUUGUUUCUAAACCACUCCAGUCAAAACUGGAAACAAGUAGAGCAUAUCAUUAAAUCAACAAAAUAAAUACUGCCCUGGAACAUUAAAAACUCCAUAUUUUAGAUAAUUAGGACAGCUUAAGAAUUGGCUAAAGCAGAGAAUCAUAAAAAUAAUGCAUAUGCACGUCUUAGGUAUUUUAACUUCACACAUUUGAGCGCACAUAAAGUCCUGUAACUUGAGCUUUGGGGCAGCAAGUGGGGGUGGGUUGCAAAGUCUGUGUUCUGGUUUUGUCAUUGCUGCUUUGAUACAGACCUGCUGACUAGAAUUCAUAAGCUUAUGCCCAGGCUGAAUCUUUUGUGUGUGUAUAAGAUUGUUCUGAAAGGGGAAUAGGAAUUUUCCAGGGAAGUGAUGGUAUGAAUGCACAUUCCUUGUACGUGUUUCUGUCAUUCCCCCGUAGUUAUAGUUACGUAACAUGCAACUAAUUGGCAUUGAUGUUUGACUUUCCUUUUGACAACCUUUCCCAAAACACUGAAUUUGGUUUUCACAGGAAUAAGUAGUCUCCUUUUUUACACAAAGGCCUCAUUAUUUUAUGUAACAUUUAAUUAAAUUACGUAAUCCAAAUCACAAGUAUGACUGUGAUAAAAGCAAGUUGGUAAACUCCGCCGACUCCCUGCCGGCAGCUCAACAGACUGCAGCUGCAACUUGGACAGGAGCCCCUAACCCCAGGGUCAUUAACUGUCAUCUCUGUGGGCCAGAAAGUGAGGAUUCUUAGGGAAGAAGAGGUUGUUUAAAAUAGCUGAUACAUGCUGUAGGUAAUGGGGGGGAUGGAGAGGUGGUGUCAGGAGGCCCAGGUUCCUUCUCUCUGGACAAAUUGAGUUGUGCACUCUUGGACGACUUUAGAUUAGUUUUUGUUCUCUCAACUGUGAAGUGAGGCUGUUUCACUAAAAAGUCCUUGAGGUCCGGGGCGCCUGGGUGGCUCAGUCGUGCAGCGUCUGCCUUUGGCUUAGGUCAUGAUCCCAGGUCCUGGGAUCGAGCCCCGCAUCGGGGUCCCUGCUCGGCGGGAAGCCUGCUUCUCCCUCUCCCACUCCCCCUGCUUGUGUUCCCUCUCUAGCUGUCUCUCUCUGUCAAAUAAAUAAAUAAAAUCUUAAAAAAAAAAAAAAGUCCUUGAGGUCCUUCUAGAUCUAAAAUCAUAUAUAUAAUGACUAUGUGAUAUAAUAAAAUGAUAAUUCAGAAGGUGCUCUUUAAUUAAUAGUUUUAACUCACACAUAAUAUCUUCAUAUUCCAGAAUAUAUCCCCUCAUCUUUAUGUGUCAUCAGGUGUACAAAGCUAAUGAUUUUUCUUCACUUCACUUAAUUUUGAAGGCUUGUGUCAGUUUACCACCCAGGAGUAAAAUCUGAUUUUCCUUGUACCUUCACACUGGAUCUUUUAGGUAGCUUUAAAAAGCCAGAACAACAUGUGGAAACCAUGCUACAACUUUCCUCUUGAAUCACCAACAGUUUUGCCAUGAGGAAUACCUGGUCUGUCACAAGAAAGCCACAUUGGGACAUUGUUUUAGUCCGCUUUCAGUUCAUUUCAGUAAGAUUGGUGAGAUACUUUGGAUUCUCCUCAAGGAGCUCAGGGCCUGGGAUGUGGGGGACUCACAAGCCACAUAACCCUGUCAUGUCACAUGUGGAGCAGUGGGAUCUAGGAAAUCAGGACGUAUUCCUUCAGGAAGGUGGUGUCAAAGUUCCGUCCUCCAUAUUGUUUUCCACAGCGACUGCAUCAAUUUACCUUUCCAUCAACAGUGCGCCAGGGUUCCUUUUUCUCCAUAUCCUCACCAACACUUAUUAUUUCUUGUCUUUUCGAUGUGACCCAUUCUGACAGGUGUGAGGUGAUAUCUCAUUGUGGUUUUGAUUUGCAUUUCCCUGAUGAUGAGUGAUGUUGAGCAUACAAACUGGCAAACCACUCUUAAACAGAGAACAAACUUCUUCUUUGCCGAUUUGGAUGCCUUUUAUUAUGCAGAGAAAGGGCAACCCUCCUACACUGUUGGUGGGAAUGCAAGCUGGUGCAGCUACUCUGGAAAACAGUAUGGAGGUUCCUCAAAAAGUUGAAAAUAGACCUACCAUACGAUCCAGCAAUGGCACUACUGGGUAUUUACCCCAAAGAUAGAAAUGUAGGGAUCUGAAGGGGUACGUGCACCCUGAUGUUAAUAGCAGCAAUGUCUACAAUAGCCAAACUGUGGAAAGAGCCAAGAUGUCCAUCGACAGAUGAAUGGAUAAAAAAGAAGUGGUAUAUAUAUACAAUGGAGUAUUAUGCAGCCAUCAAAAGGAAUGAGAUCUUGCCAUUUGCAAUGACAUGGAUGGAACUGGAGGGUAUUACGCUGAGCGAAAUAAGUCAAUCAGAGAAAGACAUGUAUCAUAUGACCUCACUGAUAUGAGGAAUUCUUAAC